UGUGCCUUGGUCUUGCGAGCUUGACGCGGGCGCGGCUUGCUUCUCGGUCCGUAGCGUGACGCUAUGCCACUUGCCGCUUUCAAGGUCUAGCAUGAGGAGCUCGUCGCUCAUUUCACCGCGAAGCUCUUCUUCUGUUUCUUCUACUCUGACCGUUAUGGUACUCUCCGCCGAACAGAAUCAGCUCGGGGCCCCGGCAGCUCAAGAGUUCAAAAUAAGAGUGCCUAAGAAUGUAAAUAAGAAGUAUCAUGUGAUGCGAUUCAACGCGACGUUGAACGUGGAUUUUGCAAAAUGGACUCACGUAAAGAUGGAAAGAGAAAACAACAUCAAGGAAUUCAAAGGAAUCGAAGAGGAAAUGCCCAAGUUUGGUGCUGGCUCAGAGUACGGCAGAGACAUUCGCGAGGAGGCCCGUCGCAAGAAGUUUGGUAUCAUCUCGCGCAAAUAUAAACCGGAGGAUCAACCGUGGAUACUGAAAGUUGGAGGCAAGACUGGAAAGAAAUUCAAAGGCAUCCGUGAGGGUGGUGUGUCGGAGAAUGCAGCAUAUUACGUGUUCACCCAUGCCGCUGAUGGUGCCAUCGAUGCAUAUCCACUGCAAGAAUGGUACAACUUCCAGCCCAUCCAGCGGUAUAAAGCAUUGUCUGCUGAAGAGGCAGAGCAAGAGUUCGGAAGACGCAACAAGGUGCUGAACUACUUCUCGCUGAUGUUCCGCAAGCGCAUGCGCGGCGAAGAGGGCGCCGACGACCCCGACGAGCCCGACGAGAAGAAGCCCAAAGGCGCCAAGGCCAAGAAAGACUUGAAAAUAUCGGAAAUGGACGAGUGGAUCGAUUCGGACGACGAGUCCUCGGAUUCGGAGGCCGGUGAGAAGGACAACGAUAGCGACUCGGGCGCUAAGAAGAAAAAGGACAAGAAGAAAGCAGCGGCCUUGAAGAAGAAGAAGAAGAAAGUCAACGACGAAGCCUUCGAGGAGAGCGACGACGGCGACGAGGAGGGCCGGGAGAAGGAUUAUAUCUCCGACUCGUCCGACAGUGAAUCUGACCACGAGACUAAGGCAAACAAGGAGUUGAAGGGAGUGGCAGAGGAAGACGCUCUGAGGAAGCUGCUGACCUCCGACGAGGAUUCGGAAGAGGAGCAGGAACAGAAGGUCAAGGAGGAGGACGCGCAGGAAGACGAGCCCACCAAGGAGGGCGAGGAGCGCGCCAGCAAGCUCACCAAGAAGAAGAAAAAGGCUGACGACGUUAAGAAAGAGAAAGAAUCAAGUAGCGACUUCAGUUCGGACUCGGACACAGACCCCGAGAGCAGCAAUAAGAAGCCCAAGAAAGGGAAAAGCAGCUCCAACGACAAGAAUGGUACGUCGGCGACAGCGAGCGCUCCCAAUAGCGCGAGCACGUCGCGCUCGGGCACGCCGACGCCCGCGCCAAGCGCCGCCAGCGCCGCCGUGGCCGCCGCCAACGCCGCCAACAACGCGCCGCCCUCCAAGCGGCCCAAGCUCGACCCCUCCUACAUGUGUAGACAGCGCCGCCGUGGCCGCCGCCAACGCCGCCAACAACGCGCCGCCCUCCAAGCGGCCCAAGCUCGACCCCUCCUACAUGUGAGUAGCGCGUGUAGCGCGGCAGUAGCGCGUGUAGACAGCGCCGCCGUGGCCGCCGCCAACGCCGCCAACAACGCGCCGCCCUCCAAGCGGCCCAAGCUCGACCCCUCCUACAUGGAAUGUGGCGUGACUGAAGAGGCGGUGCGUCGUUACCUGGCCCGCAAACCAAUGACGACCACAGAACUGUUGACCAAGUUCAAAUCCAAGAGGACCGGCGUCAAGAGCGAGCGGCUGGUGGAAACCAUGACUCAAAUCUUGAAGAGAAUCAACCCCGUCAAGCAGAACAUCAAUGGGAAGAUGUAUCUCAGUAUAAAAUAGUGAUCAU